CACACCGACCCGACAGCCCAAAGACCUUUCUUCUCCUUCUCUUCUUCUCGUUCUUCGUCUUCGCGGCUCAGGUCCUCGUUCGUUUUGGGCAGGCAUGGCGAUUCCUUACAUGGAAACCGUCGUGGGUUUUAUGGUAGUGAUGUACGUUUUUGAGACGUAUUUGGAUCUGAGGCAACACACUGCUCUCAAGCUCCCAACUCUCCCUAAAACCUUGGUUGGAGUCAUUAGCCAAGACAAGUUUGAGAAAUCUCGUGCAUACAGUCUUGACAAAAGCCAUUUUCACUUUGUUCAUGAGUUUGUGACUAUCCUUAUGGACUCUGCCAUUUUGUUCUUCGGGAUCUUGCCUUGGUUCUGGAAGAUAUCUGGAGCCUUUCUACCAAUGGUGGGACUGGAUCCAGAGAAUGAAAUCCUGCACACUCUUUCAUUCUUGGCUGGUGUUAUGACAUGGUCACAGAUCACUGAUUUGCCAUUUUCUUUGUACUCAACUUUCGUGAUUGAGUCUCGGCAUGGGUUCAACAAACAAACAAUAUGGAUGUUCAUUAGGGACAUGAUCAAAGGAAUACUUCUCUCUGUCAUACUUGCCCCUCCUAUCGUUGCCGCAAUAAUUGUUAUAGUUCAGAAAGGAGGUCCUUACCUUGCCAUCUAUCUGUGGGCAUUCAUGUUUAUCCUGUCUCUAGUGAUGAUGACUAUAUACCCUGUUUUGAUUGCACCUCUUUUCAACAAGUUCACUCCUCUUCCAGAUGGAGACCUCCGGGAGAAGAUUGAGAAACUUGCUUCUUCUCUAAAGUUUCCUCUGAAGAAGCUGUUUGUUGUCGAUGGAUCUACAAGGUCAAGCCAUAGUAAUGCUUACAUGUAUGGUUUCUUCAAGAACAAAAGGAUUGUUCUUUAUGACACAUUGAUUCAGCAGUGCCAGAAUGAGAAUGAAAUUGUGGCGGUUAUUGCACACGAGCUGGGACACUGGAAGCUGAAUCACACUACAUACUCGUUCAUUGCUGUUCAAAUCCUUGCUUUCUUGCAAUUUGGAGGAUACACUCUUGUCAGAAACUCCACUGAUCUCUUCAGGAGUUUUGGAUUUGAUACACAACCAGUUCUCAUUGGUUUGAUCAUAUUUCAGCACACUGUAAUACCACUUCAACACCUAGUAAGCUUUGGCCUCAACCUUGUUAGUCGAGCGUUUGAGUUUCAGGCUGAUGCUUUUGCAGUGAAUCUUGGGUAUGCAAAGGAUCUACGUCCUGCCCUAGUGAAGCUACAGGAAGAGAACUUAUCAGCGAUGAACACUGACCCAUUGUACUCAGCUUAUCACUACUCACACCCUCCUCUUGUAGAGAGGCUUCGAGCCAUUGAUGGACAAGACAAGAAGACAGAUUAAGUCCGUAUAAGCUCUCGUCUUCUUUACGGAUUCGUGACACUUUUACUCUCAGUAUCUUUCGAAUGUUAGGUAAAAAAAAACAUUUAGGCACGGGCCCUCUUUUGUAUCUUCACAGUGUCUUUUGCUUAGUUACUAGUUAAUGUGAAAUCAGUGUUACUUUUUGAUUUGAUCAUUUCUGAUCCGGUCGAUCCUAUCAAGAACCA